UUUUUUGGGGUUGCUCUUUAUUGUCAACUGAACCAAAGCAGGUCUUGAGGUGCCACAAGCAAGAGGAUGUGCUUGAGGGAGUGAUGGUUACACGCUGAAGUUGUACAUCUCGGGACUAUUAUGUAUCCUCCUCAAGAUGAAGCUUAGAGUUACUCUCACCAUAACACUUGCAUUGCAUAGAAAACAUGACUUUUGACACCUUCCUGGUGUUCUACACUUGUCUCCAACCAGCUGCUUUGUUCAGGCCCUGAUCAUUUUCUGUUCCUUUCAUCUUUCUCAUUCUUUAUAUGAACCUGUGGCUUGUUGUAGGAAAACAUCCACGUCUGGCUCUGUGCUUGGCUCUUGCUGCGCAUCAAACCCAAGCAAGCUUGGAACUGCUUUUUGAUCAAUUGCUGUUCUCCAGCAAGAAUGUUGCUCUGCCAUAGAUCUCCACCAGCAAGAAGUGGCCAUCGUUGUGUGGCAGAUAAUGCCAACUUGUAUGUGUUUGGAGGCUACAACCCUGACUAUGAUGAGUCUGGAGGGCCAGAGAAUGAAGACUACCCCCUCUUCAGGGAACUCUGGCGGUACAACUUUGCUACAGACACCUGGCACCAGAUGGGCACUGAAGGCUACAUGCCCAAGGAAUUGGCCUCCAUGUCACUUGUACUUCAUGGCAACAACCUGUUGGUGUUUGGGGGUACUGGGAUCCCCUUUGGGGAGAGUAAUGGCAACGAUGUCCACGUCUGCAAUGUCAAGUACAAAAGAUGGGCUCUGCUCAGCUGCCGAGGAAAGAAACCCAAUCGAAUCUAUGGCCAGGCCAUGGCCAUCAUCAAUGGUUGUCUCUAUGUGUUUGGAGGAACAACUGGUUACAUUUACAGCACUGACCUCCAUAAGCUUGACCUCAACACUAGAGAGUGGAUCCAGCUGAAACCAAACAACAUGUCCUGUGACAUGCCAGAGGAGAGGUACAGACAUGAAAUCGCCCACGAUGGUCAACGGAUUUAUAUCCUGGGAGGUGGAACUUCCUGGACAGCUUAUUCCUUAGAUAAGAUCCAUGCCUACAACCUUGAAACCAACACCUGGGAGGAAAUUGCCACAAAACCUCAUGAAAAAGUUGGCUUCCCAGCAGCCAGAAGAUGCCAUAGCUGUGUUCAGAUCAAAAAUGAUGUGUUUGUCUGUGGAGGCUACAAUGGAGAAGUGAUUCUGGGAGACGUUUGGAAGUUGAAUCUACAAACUUUCCAGUGGGUCAAGCUCCCAGCUGCCAUGCCAGAACCAGUGUAUUUUCACUGUGCUGCUGUCACACCAGCUGGCUGCAUGUACGUUCACGGAGGGGUGGUCAACAUCCAUGAGAACAAACGGACUGGCUCUCUGUUUAAAAUGUGGCUGGUGGUGCCCAGCCUGCUGGAACUGUCAUGGGAGAAGCUCCUGGAAUACUUCCCUCACCUAGCAACCCUCUCCAGAUCUCAGCUUUUGCACCUUGGACUGACACAGGGACUUGUUGAGCGACUAAAAUGAGACCAGCUCAUGCUUCUGUCCAAGACACACUACGUUCCAGAAGCCCCCUUUCCACCUCCCCUUAUUUAUGGAUACCAUGGAUGGUCUUGCUAAGAACAUGGAGGAACCUGCUCAACGCCUUACUCAGCAACUGCAUCGAUGCCUUCCUAGAGAUUGUUACUUUCAGUUGUUGAAAAGCCACUUUUUAUUUAUGGAUCUCUUAAAUGACACCCUUAAUCCAAAAAACUAUCCUCUGGGACUAAUCCAUAACAUCCAGCCAUCAAACUGGUGUCAGCACAUGCUUGCAACUUAACUGGGGAGGGUGGGAGCUUUGGGAAUGUCCAAGCCCGUGCUUACUCAUGGUGCACUCAACUUUGUACUUCCACAAGCUGUAUCUAACAGGAUGCUCAGUGCAGAGCAACAGCCACCCUGUUCUUUUGCUUUGGAGAACACUCAUCCCUUCCCACCCAGCUGAGCUCUCUAAACCCAAGAACUCCUGCUUGAAGGCUUUGCAUGUGUUCCAUGGGCAUGUUCCCAUCUCUUUGAGCUUCAGAAGACGGCUGGAACGUCGCAUGGGGCAGCGAGUGAAGCUUUGCCUGUGCAGCUUUUCCAGUGCAGUGACUUGAACCACCCCGUGUCUGUGUGUUCCUCACCUUUUCAUAUUGAAAUGUUUGCUUGGAAGACUGCUUAAAAGUUGCCACUUCAUGGACUACUGUGUAGUUUACUCAGGGUGCUGAGGGGAGGGAAAAGGUUCCUGCUGAAGCUUUUUUUAACUCUUGCUGCUCACAUUGCAACAGCAAAAACUCACCCUGGAGCUUUCAGAGCUCUCUUUUAACCUGCAGCACCUCAGACCCAGGGCCUGGGUGUGAGCUUUGUUUUCCUUCCUCCCAUCUAGCACAUGUUGGCCUUUUUCUACUCAGCUUCAUGUUCCUCUGGGGUGGGGGAUGUUAGUGCUGUGGGUGGGUUUAAGCAACUUUCCUGAGUGGCUUCCUGGCUCCUUGGAAGCUCAGGGAUCACUCAUCCCAGGAAAUAGCAUCAAAAGAAGGGGAGAGGGAACAUCCCUCUUGCUGUGAGCUGUGGUCAUGUCCACAGAGGCAGGAGGUUGGCUCCUGUCUUGCUGUGCUCCAGCCUCUGUGAAGCUGGCUCUGGAGCCCACAGUACGUGGCUGUUGGAGCAGCUCCACGUGGCUGGCAUCAUGUUUGGGCAAAGUCCUUUUCAUUUUUAAGUGCCUUUUCUUUUAAAUCAGCUUUUCCAAGUCCCUUCCUCCCAUCAGAGACAAAGGUGACACUCUGGGGGUUUUAGUUUCUUUUGAAGAGAUUACAUUUCAAUAAACCAUAGCGUUGGCUUUGUGUUGUUAAUCUCAACAGCACUGCCUGAUCCGUCCCUGCUCCCCACUUAGGAAGUUCUGCUGCUGACUUACCCCAAGAUUAAGCUUCCCCUGUUCUUGGGGAUAGUUUCCCCCCUUCUAUAGCCUCACUUGCUGCUUUUUUCCCCCCCCAAAUCCCAAGUAAACAAAGGUUGGGCAUCCCCCUGAAGCAUUCUCUGGUGCUUUGGGCCACAGAAACUGGUGGCAGCUGCUUGUAGCUCUGUUUUAGGUCCCCUUUGUUGUACCUUUGCAGCUCAAAGGGCAAAGCUGAGCCCUCAGCUGUGCCACGUGGCUUUCAGAGUCCCCAAUCUCUAUUUGGGCUGGCUUCUAGCUCAGAACUGUGCUCCUGGGGAGUAGUAUUAUCCUAUUUCAACCUCUUCCAAGCCCCCUGACUGCUCGCUGCAGCAUUCCCACAGCUUCUAGCUCAGGAAUGAGCCCAGACCCUGGAGGCAGCUGGGGAAUGGGUUACCUGCUCCCCUGCCUUAGGGUGUCCUCUUCUGCAGGCCCACGUUGGGUCAGUGGCUCCUUUCUCCACCUCAGUGGCUCUCACCUCUUGCAGAGGCUCGAUGUCUGCACUUCAGCUUUGCCCUCCUGGGACCUUUGUACUGGAACAACCCGAUUAUACAUGUGCUGGUCCUUCCCUUACCUUAAAGAGCAUCUCCCAUCAUCACCGAGGCAAUAUUAAAGCCAUCCAAGCCUG